AUGUUUAAAUUAAGUGACCCUUUCGAUUAUGAAAAUGAUUAUAAUUACUCUCAAAUAAAUCCAAUUUCAUUUUGGGACGAAGUUGCAAAAAAAUAUGUUCACUGGGAUAAAAUGUAUGAUAAGAUUUAUAGUAGUGAUGGAAUGUAUCCAGAUUGGUUUAAAGGUGGAGAAUUAAAUACAUGUUAUAAUGUUUUAGAUAAAAAUGUUAAAAAUCCUGUAAAAAGAGAUCAAAAUGCAUUAAUUUAUGAAUGUCCAUUUAUAAAGAAAACAAUUAAAUUAACAUAUUUUCAAUUAUACGAAAAAGUAUGUGAAUUUUCAAGAGUACUUUUAAAUUUAAAUAUAUCAAAAAAUGAUACUGUUUUAAUAUUUAUGGCAAAUACAUUAGAACCAAUAAUUGCAUUGUUAUCAUGUGCUCGUAUUGGUGCAACAUUUUCAACUUUAUUCGAUGGUUAUCCAGUUAGAAGUUUAAUUGAUAGAAUUGAUAAAUUGACACCAAAACUAAUUAUAACAUCAAAUUAUGGAAUUUUAAAUGAUGAAAUUAUCACAUUUACACCAAAUUUAAAAGAUGCAAUCCAAUUAUCAACUUUUAAACCAAAUCAUGUUAUUACUCAUUUUAGAAAUAAUGAAGAUAUUGAAUCCAAUGAUAGUAGUAUAGAAACCAUACCAAUCAUACCAAAUACAUUAGAUUGGGACAAAGAAAUUCAAAAAAUAAAAGACAACAAUCAAAAACCAUUCUAUGAAUAUGUACCAGUAGAAUCAAAUCACCCAUUAAGUAUUUAUUUUUCAAGUGGUACAACUGGUAAUUGUAAAGCAAUUGUAAGAAGUAAUGGUGGUAAUUUAGUUGGACUGGUUUAUAGUUGGUUUAGUUGUAUUUCUAAAAAAGAUGAAACAGUUUACUUUUCACAUUCAAGUAUUGGAUGGAUUUCAUUUCAUUUGGGAUUAUUUGGAUCAUUAGUACUUGGAAAUACAAUGGUGAUGUUUGAAGGCGACAUUAUGAAACCAAUUCAUUAUGAACAUUAUUUAUGGGAAACUGUUGAAAAACAUAAAAUCAAUACAUUUUUAACAUCACCAAAAACAAUAAGAUUCCUUAUAAAGAAUGAUCCAGAUGCUAAUAAAAUUAAGUCAAAAUAUGAUUUAUCAAGUUUAGUUUCAAUUUGGACAUCUGGCGAAGUUAUUGAACAAUCAAUUCCUGAAUAUAUUGAAAGUAAAAUAAAAUGUCGUUCAUCAAAUUUAUACGGUCAAACUGAAAGUGGUUGUGCCCUUUUAUUUGACUAUAAAAGAAUAAAUAGUAAACAGUUUAAAACACUAUUUAAACCAACACCAUUUUUAAAACCAUUAAUAUUUUCAGAGGAUGGUAUUGAAUUACCAGAGAACCAAGUUGGUGAAGUUGCAUUCAAAUUACCAUUACCACCAAGUUUUGCAACAACAUUUUAUAAAAAUGAAUUACUUUAUAAAAAGAUGUUCAAUAAAUUUCCAGGUUAUUAUAAUAGUGGUGAUUUAGGUUUUAAAAAUGAAAAUGAUUAUUAUGGUAUAGUUUCAAGAGCAGAUGAUCAAAUUAAAAUUGGUGGUUUUGAUGUUCUAUUAAACGAUAUUGAAACAUCAAUUUUAAAACAUCCAUUAGUUUUAGAAUGUUGUUCAAUUGGUAUUUAUCAUCAAGAUUUAGCCAAUGUUCCAAUUGGAUUAUUAGUUUUAAAUCAACAACAACCAGAUAAUUCACCAUCAUCAUCAUCAUCAUCAUCAUCAUCAUCAUCAUCAUCAUCAUCAUCAUCAUCAUCAUCAUCAUCAUCAUCAUCAUCAUCAUCAUCAGCAUUAUCAUUAUCUUUAAUUGAUAUAAAAAAUCAAAUUAAUGAAAUUAUUGAAAAUGAUAUUGGUUUUUAUUCAGAAUUAACAAAAAUCAUAUUUGUUCCACAAUUACCAAAAACAAAAACUGGUAAAAUUCCUAGACAAAUCAUUUCAAAAUUUUUAAAUGAACCAAACUAUCAAUUAAAAGAUAGUACAUGUGAUCGUGAAGUUUUUUACUCCAUUAAAGAGUUAUAUGAAAAAUGA